GAACGCGCCUUUGACUGCUACUAAUCGUGAUAGUCAAAAUAGGAAGCAGUACCGUCGAACCAAAUCGACCUGUAUUGUUGCAGCGUGAAAGCCAGUGCUCUAUAUUGCAGCAGCACUUAAUGAAAUAGAAUGACUCAUUCUUUGUAUUUGUUAAUGAACGGAUGCAUGUUACCUUUGGAUUAUUGAUGGAUGGCUAAAACUGUUCACAAUUUGAAAACAACAAGCAGCAUUUACGGAAGUUCUGCCUAAGAAUGUGCGAAACCGGUGGUUUUUCUCCGUAAAGUGUGGUUCGUGCCUAUGAAGACAGAGGUUUAGUUUAAAAAGGGGUUUCCGGUUCAAUAUGGAACCCCUGACCGAAACGUCUUCACCAGAGGAGUUGAAGAAAGCUUUGGAGUGGGAGCUGAGCCUAGACAACAAUGACUUGAGGAGUCAUGCCUGGUACCAUGGCACCAUCCCUAGGCAAAGGGCGGAGGAGCUGAUGUCGGGUGACGGGGAUUUCCUCAUCCGCGAUUGUAUAUCCAGGCCUGGAGACUAUGUCCUUACCUGUCGAUGGAAAAAUACCUCACUGCACUUUGUUAUCAACAAGGUUGUUUUUCAACCCUUCACAGUGUACGAGAGGAUUCAGUAUCAGUUUGAGGAUGAUUGCUUCGACACAGUUCCUGACCUGGUGACCUACUACGUGGGCAACAAGCGCCCAAUAUCAGCUGCUUCUGGUGCCAUCAUAUCGAAACCUGUCAACAGGAGUAUGCCCCUCUCUUAUUACGCAACUCGCUAUGGCCUGGAAUGCCAAAUGCACUAUGCUGCACUAGCACUAGAGAAGGUGUCAACAGCAGAAGAUAUACUGCCUCUAGGAGAUUCCGAAAGGAGCCAAUCCUUUGAAGAUUCUCCUUCAAGUGGAACAGUGCCACGUCAUCCUUCGAAUGAUUAUCCUAGAAAAUCCCUGUCUAAUUUCUCCACUCUACAGCAUGGCCAUUCCAGAACCACUGAUUCUAAACCUUGUAAAUCAGUCCAAGAGCCUGAAUCGACUGGAAACAAUACAGCAACAGCAGAAACUCCUCCUCCUAAACCCAGUCGAAUUCCUUCAAAAAAGUAUUCAACGACUUCGCCUUACUCGAGUGGAGCAGAGAAUGUUCUUGGUCAUAAAUCAGGUGACAACACUGUUUCCGCUCCUCACCUUUAUUCGGAGCUGAAUUUUGCUGUGAACGGUAUGCAGAAAGUGAUUGGACAAGAAGGGGAACAUUCCAACAUUCUCAAAAUCCUAACUGUCGAGAGAGAAGAUCCUCCGAGAGAAAUAACAGUUCCAGAAGUCAAUCCUCCUUCUAGUUUUGAUUUGGAAAAGUUCACCACUGUGCUGUUGCCACCUUCCGACAACAAACCUCUGGAUUCUGCAGCUCUGGCUAAAAUGAGAUGCAUGAUUUUGGAAGGUGGGGCUAAAGUGAUAGCAAGUCACCUAACUAAAGUGGAUCUGGACGUUCUCAGGAUGAGGCAUCAUUGUGAUCUCGGAAUGGGUGUUUUAACCGGGUUUGAGUUACUGGUGCUGCCACAAGGACAGCAAUUGAGACUGGAUCUGCUAGAAAGAACUGAGUGCCUGAAAUUCUAUGUAGCGGUCACCAUCUUGACGUGCGGUGAUGAGGAAGUGAGAGCUCAGGUGUUGAACAAGUGGAUUCAGAUUGCAAUUGAAACAAAAACAGCUCUAGGCAAUCUCUAUGGAUUUACUGGCAUUAUGCAAGGACUGGCACUGGAUCAGAUCUCAAGACUUCGAUGCACGUGGUUGAAGUUAAGGCAGGCGUGCACGGAGAACGCUUUUACGUACGAGACUAAACUCAGGCCAAUGCUGAAGAACAUGCAGGAAUGCUCCAACCCUCAAGCUCCCAACACAAGCAUUCCUUACUUAAUGUCUCUCAUUCAUAUUCUGCAACACUUGACUGAACCUGAAGAACCAACCAUUCCUUUGGAGAGUUUGUCCUCUUCAUCGCACAAAGAGAAAGGUAAAGUGCUGAGCCUGGGACUUCCGUGGGAGCAGACUGCGGCAGACUACGGUCUUCAACUUCUGCUGACUCACUUGGAGGUGGGGAGGGGCAUGACGCAGCAGUGGCCGAUGUACAAGAGGAACAGCGAGAUAGUGCUGGAGCACAUAAAGUAUGAUGAUUUAAUGUUGGACAUGUUCAGGACUGAGUUCCACAUGAAGUUUCUGUGGGGAAGUAAAGGCUCACACGUCUCUGCCAAAGAAAGAUAUCUCAAGUUCAUGCAAGUUUUAAAUGUCAUGUCAGAUCGAUGCGAACCCUAGCUUGCUGCUCUCUGUGUUCUGCUUAUAUGAUGGGGCAAAACUAGAUCAGGUUGUAGCAUUUUAAACAUGCAGCCACUUUUUAAACAGUUACAUUUUUUAAGCAUUUAUCAAAAUAGGGUAAACACUGCAUGGUUCAUUUCUAAAAUGCGAAGAAAAUCUUUUUUAAAAAACUUAAAUGAAAAAAAGAAAUUUACAAAAUAAAAAAUAUUUAUAAAACAGUGAACUCUCGCUACUACGAUAUCCGAUACACAGGGCUGCCACUCUAAAAAAAAAUUCAAGACUGAGCUUUUUUUUGACCAAAUAAUACUGUCUAGCAUUGUUUACCAAACCUCACUGAAACCAAAAUUUACCAUUCCUUGAUAAUAGCCUACAUAUUAAAUCAAUAAUUUGAUUAUUUUUUCUGAAAUUUUUUUACUUUAUUUUAUGUUUUUUUAGCAAACAAAACGAAAAUAACAGCUAACCUUGUAUAUUUUUUACAACUAUAACUGAACAACCUGAAACCAUUCAUAUCUCUAUUUUUCGCGUCAUUGUUACUUAUUUUUUGUUCUAGCACAAUAAUUUCUUUCUUCUUUAAAAAAAUAUUCUUGAUUUAACUUUGACUAGCAUGACAGUUGGUUAGGGUAGGGGAAGCAAACUCGAGCAGAUUUAGAUUCAGCAAUAGUAAAAAUUUAAUGACACAAGUAGAUGAAGUUUAAUCAAUCCCAUUUAUCAAAACCUUAAGAAUAAGAUUUAGUGAAGCUGUCAAAAAGAAGAUAAAUAAUAAUCUUGAUAUCAUUACCAUAUCAUAUGUUUUAAUUAAUAUAUAAUAUUUUUUGAUUUUGACCAAAAAAUGAAAAAAAAAGGAAAAUUUAAUUUAAUUGAUAGAAUUUAUUAGUCCAUUGAUUUUUCUUAAGACUGAUUUCAGUCCCCAGGACUGAAGAGUGGCACCCAUGCCGAUACAACAAUAACUCACUCUAUUACAGCAAUGUUUCGUGGUCCCGGCAAACUUGCAUACGAAUUAAUGUUAUCCACCUCUCAAUAUUGCAAUACAAUAAACCCCUGAAGAAAGAUUUUUUUUUUUCAAAUUUCAACCUUAUUUUCCAGAUAUAUUAUUGGUUUUUAAAUAAUGUAAAAAAUCUUAUUUUUAUAUUUUGGCAUUUUUUUCCGUUCUUUUCUAACAAGAGAAGUCCCAAUGCUGAUUAUAAACUUAUCUUAUUUCUUUUCACCACAGUGAAUGGCUUUUGUAUUCAGAUUUCAAUACCCCAGCCUUGAUGUACACCCCAAGACUGUUCCAUUCUUAGAAUCUCUUAAGAAGUCACUGAUUUCAUAGUUAACCAUAAUUAACAUUCUCCAAAUUAUAUUUUUAUAUAAUAUAUAAAUAGAUUUAUAAUUAAUGCAUAUUUAACAUUGAAAUUUUUUAAAAAUCUUAUUGCGUCGCAAAGGCCCUCGAUAUAAUAAGAUAUCCCUCUAAAACACUCUGUUUAUUGGGUCCCCAAAAUAUUGUUGUAGCGAGUUUUUAUUGUAAUUCCAUAUUUUGUAAGAAAAAUAAAUGAUAAAAUGUACAAAGGAUGCAUUUUCAACUAGAAAAGUGGUCAUCGGCAGGCAAUUUUUUUUCACUAUUUGUUAUAUGCGUGUGGCGACCUUUAAUUUUGCCCUUUAGCCUAUACCAGCAAUUUUUUCCAUUCUAAACAAAUUCAGGGUUCCUAAAGAGUAUGAGAAUUUGAUUUGGGGGGGGGGUGUUCUGGAAAUAAUGCAAUUUUUUGUCAAAAUCUGGAAACAUUUUGCAACAAAACUGAAAAAUAAUCCAUUUCUGAUGACAACCAGGGGAGCAAUCCUCUCUGCAGUGGAUCAGAUUGCGAUGGCAUGUCUUCAGAUCAUCUUCAGGGAUGUUGCCCAGACCAUCCUCAAUGGCCCGUUGUGCAGCUCUAGUGCAACAUAAAUUAAGUACUUACCUAAAAAUAUUCAGGGUUUCGUCUUAUCUUAUUGUAAAGUAAUUUGUACAAUGUAGGAGUUGAUUACAACAUCAGGCACGAAUACUGGAGAUGUUAAGUGGUUAGCCGAAACCGCAAUGUCGAGUGCCCGAUACUCAUUUUAUCGACACACUGAAGGGAUGGAUUAUUCCCCAAUUCAAAUUUUCUAAACAGGUGCAGGGAUCUGUUUAGAAGAAUAUCUUUUCAUAAAAACGGACCCUUCACUAAAUAAUGUAUAUUUUAAUCGGACUCUUCACAAAUUUGAUUAUCUUCAUUAUUGUUUUCUUAAUCGAAUAUACCCUUCCUGAGGGGGGGGAGACGGUUCGAGACAAACUAAAUUUAAAUUCCCAAUGUAGUAUUCUAAGAAAGUAUUUCUACUUUUACAAACAUCAAACGUGCAUUAAUAUUAAAUCAUAAUUUUUUUGUUGAUAAAUAAUUGAUCAAUUUAUAUUUGUUCAUAAAAUUAAUUAAUAGAAUAUUAUGUAAAUAAAAAUUAAUUUCAGGCAAUUUUUUAGACAAAAUAUUAUAAAUUUUAGAAUUGUUUAAGUUUACUUACUGCGUAACACAUUAAAAUUGAUACAUUUCUAAGUUAUGUUGUUUAAAAUACGUCAAUUGAAAUUAUUAAAAAUGUGAGUGAUUUUGUUUCCAUUAUUCGUCCGAAAUCGUGUGUUGAGCAGUAUAGGCUAAAUACCAAACAUUUGUAUGUUGCAUCUCUAAUUUAGUAGCAGCAAUUGUUGAGCAGAAUCUUUUAUUUAUUUACAAUUUAAAAACGUCUUGAAAAGGUUUUCAGUAGUUUUUGCAAUAACAGGAUCCUAUUUGCAAAAGCAGGACCCUGGUUGAAGGAAUGUGACUUACCGCUUAUUUUAUUUUCACAAUUUUGCAAAAGCAGGACCUUUCACAAAAUGUCUGGACUACUCACCCCUGAGAGGAGUUGUUAACAAGUGUCAUUAAAAUUGUUUUCUGUUAACAAAUUUAUAGUUUGAAAGGGAAAAUGUUGCUGGUAUAUAAUUAGUAUAUAGCUUGCUACAUUAAAAUAGUAAUGUGAUGCAUUGUUUCUAGUCAAAUGUGUAUAUAGAUUUUGAAUUGUACAUUUUGUAGUAUAUUUUCUUUUGUAAAUGGCAUUUUCUCUUUUUGUAAAUGAAUAUCUCUAAAUAAAAACUCUUCAAAGCUUU